UGAAGCAAGGAAAAACCUGCUCCCCCUCUAUUUUCUACCAAAUCUUUCUUCUCUCUCCAUUUUCUCGCUAACCUAAUAAUACUCUCUGUCUUUCACCGCCUGCUAUAAUGGUGCCCUACUUAGCUGCUUAGCUGCUUCCUUUGAGCUGCCACUAAGAGUUUUGAAUGAUUUGAAGCGCAAAGGCUGGGAUUUGCUUUCAUAGGAUUUUGAAGAUCAGAUUGGGAUCAAGAAUUUGGUGAAUUGAUUCAAUUGCUGCCAUUUUAGUUUGGGAUUAUAAAAUUGAUAAAUAUCUACUGUUGAAGUCUUCUGUGGAUUUGGGUACUUGAAAGCUCUUUUAUAUCUUUGCCAAGUUGUCAAUGGUGACUAAAUAUUGAACAGCACUUGGGUCAAUUUCUACAAUUAUGGUCCCCUCUAUUAUGCUAAUCUAAUAAGUUGCCAAGUGGGGUCUUGUGAUAAUGCUUGGUAGGGGACUUUCUUUGUGAAAACGGAAAACUCAGCUUUUUUGCUUUACUUUAUAUAAUAGCAUCUGUGGGAACUCAAUCCUCAGAAUCUGGGAAAAUGUCACAGAAGUCCCAGGCCCUGCCUUCCUUUGAAUUGAUCAAGUCAUUGCCUGUUGAUUUUAGGUUCACUGGUUCUCUGACAUCUGAUCGGUUGGAAAAAUCAGAUGAUGUGAAUGCAGAGAAUAGUGAUGCAGUCUGUUCAAGUAUUCCUGAAAAUGAUAGUUUAGGCAAUGGGAUGGUUGAUGGAGUCCUAGAUAUCAUUGGGAAUGACGUCAAUGAGGAUUCACCAUACAGUGGGAAUAUCAUCACAGUUGGAGGUAGGCCCUCUUCUGGUAACGGGGACUUGGAUACUGUCACUUCAGUUUUACCUUCACCUUCACCUUCAAUCUCCAGAUCUCAUACAGAACACAGGUGGGGUGAUACCGCCUCCUACACUGGAAAAAAGAAACUCCAGUCUUGGUUUCAACUUCCAAAUGGCGACUGGGAGAUAGGAAAAAUUAUAUCAACUUCAGGGACUGAAUCUGUUAUUUCGCUGCCUGAUGGGAAAGUUUUAAAGGUGAAAUCUGAAAGUCUAGUACCUGCAAAUCCUGAUAUCCUUGAUGGUGUAGAUGAUCUCAUGCAACUUAGCUACUUAAAUGAGCCAUCAGUGUUGUACAAUCUUCAGUAUAGAUACAAUCAAGACAUGAUUUAUACAAAAGCAGGGCCUGUGUUGGUUGCCAUCAAUCCUUUCAAGGAAGUUCCUUUAUAUGGCAAUGAUUAUAUUCAAGCAUAUAAGAAUAAAUCUAUUGAGAGCCCUCAUGUGUAUGCCAUUACAGACACAGCCAUCAGGGAAAUGAUACGAGAUGAAGUAAACCAAUCUAUCAUUAUAAGUGGUGAAAGUGGGGCAGGAAAAACAGAGACGGCAAAGAUAGCAAUGCAAUAUUUGGCUGCCCUCGGUGGUGGUAGUGGGAUAGAAUAUGAAAUAUUGAAAACUAAUCCGAUUUUAGAAGCCUUUGGGAAUGCAAAGACAUUGAGGAAUGACAACUCAAGUCGCUUUGGUAAACUAAUUGAAAUCCAUUUCAGUGAAACUGGAAAAAUAUCUGGUGCCAAAAUUCAAACUUUUUUACUUGAAAAGUCUAGAGUGGUCCAAUGCAUGGAGGGAGAAAGGUCGUAUCACAUAUUUUAUCAGCUUUGUGCUGGGGCUCCACGUACACUUAAAGAAAAGAUAAAUUUGAAGAGUGUAAGUGAGUAUAAAUAUUUGGGGCAGAGUAAUUGCUACUCAAUUAAUGGGGUUGAUGAUGCUGAGCGCUUUCAUGUUGUUACGGAAGCUUUGGAUAUUGUUCAUGUCAGCAAGGAAGACCAAGAGAGUGUGUUUGCAAUGCUUGCAGCUGUAUUAUGGUUGGGAAACAUCUCAUUUACUGUUGUUGAUAAUGAAAAUCAUGUUGAACCUUUGACUGAUGAAGGUCUAACCACUGUUGCCAACUUGAUUGGAUGUGAUGUUGGGGAGCUUAAGUUAGCUUUAUCAACUCGCAAAAUGAAAGCUGGCAAUGAUAAUAUCAUCCAAAAGCUAACUUUAUCACAGGCCAUUGAUACAAGAGAUGCAUUGGCAAAGUCAAUCUAUGCUUGUUUAUUUGAGUGGUUGGUUGAACAAAUUAACAAAUCUCUUGCAGUUGGCAAAAGGCGAACUGGAAGAUCCAUUAGCAUUCUUGAUAUUUAUGGAUUUGAAUCAUUUGAAAGGAAUAGUUUUGAGCAAUUUUGCAUAAACUAUGCGAAUGAGAGAUUGCAGCAACACUUUAACCGCCAUCUAUUCAAGUUAGAGCAGGAGGAAUACAUUCAGGAUGGAAUUGACUGGGCAAAAGUUGAUUUUGAAGACAACCAAGACUGUCUCAAUCUCUUUGAAAAGAAACCUUUGGGGUUGUUAUCUUUGUUAGAUGAGGAGUCCACUUUUCCAAAUGGAACUGAUUUGACAUUUGCCAACAAGCUGAAGCAGCAUUUACAUUGGAAUUCAUGUUUCAGAGGGGACCGAGGCAAAGCCUUCAAGGUUUGCCAUUAUGCAGGGGAGGUUAUAUAUGAUACAACUGGAUUUUUGGAGAAGAAUAGGGACUUAUUACACUUGGAUUCUAUUCAACUUUUGUCUUCAUGCUCAUGCCAUCUUCCUCAGAUAUUUGCUUCCACUAUGCUUACUCAGUCUGCGAAGCCUGUGGUUGGUCCUUUAUAUAAAGCUGGUGGGGCAGAUUCUCAAAAGCUGAGUGUUGCUACAAAAUUCAAGGGUCAACUUUUUCAAUUGAUGCAGCGCCUAGAGAAUACCAGUCCACAUUUCAUACGUUGUAUCAAGGCCAACAACUCUCAGUCUCCUAGGUCAUAUGAGCAAGGGCUAGUAUUGCAGCAGUUGCGAUGUUGUGGAGUCCUAGAGGUUGUUCGUAUAUCAAGGUCUGGAUUUCCUACUAGAAUGUCACACCAAAAGUUCGCCAAAAGAUAUGGUUUUCUUCUGCUGGAAAGUGUUGCAUCUCAAGAUCCACUCAGUGUUUCAGUUGCAAUUCUUCACCAGUUCAAUAUAUUGCCUGAGAUGUAUCAAGUUGGCUACACAAAAUUGUUUUUCCGAACCGGACAGAUUGGUGUGCUUGAAGAUACAAGGAACCGUACCCUUCAUAGUAUUUUACGUGUUCAAAGCUGUUUCAGAGGGCACCAAGCUCGCCGUUACCUUAGUGAGCUUAGGAGAGGAAUUGCCACUCUUCAGUCAUUUGUUCGGGGAGAGAAAAUCAGAAUGGAAUAUGCGGUCUUGCUACAGAGACAUAGAGCUGCUGUUGUUAUGCAAAGGCAAAUAAAAAGCACUCUGUCUAUGAAAAGAUACAAGGAAAUCCAUGCGGCGUCGAUUAUAAUACAAUCAGUUGUUCGUGGAUUGUUGGUUAGAAGAUGUUCAGGCAAUAUAGGAUUAUUGACAGCUGGGGGCACAAAGGGGAAUGAGUCGGAUGAGGUGCUGGUGAAAGCAUCAUUUCUUGCUGAAUUACAGCGACGAAUUCUGAAAGCUGAGGCUGCUUUUCGAGAGAAAGAAGAGGAGAAUGACAUCCUCCACCAACGCCUCCAACAAUAUGAGAGCCGUUGGUCUGAAUAUGAGUUGAAAAUGAAGUCCAUGGAAGAAGUGUGGCAGAAACAGAUGAGAUCUCUGCAAUCCAGUCUCUCCAUUGCAAAGAAGAGCCUUGCAAUUGAUGAUUCUGAGAGAAAUUCAGAUGCAUCUGUCAAUGCAAGCGAUGAAAGGGACUUCAGCUGGGAUACAGGAAGUAACUACAGGGGUCAAGAAACUAAUGGUCAUAGUGCAAGACCAAUGAGUGCAGGCUUGAGUGUUAUAAGCAGGUUGGCUGAAGAAUUUGAGCAGAGGACUCAAGUGUUUGGUGAUGAUGCCAAGUUCUUGGUGGAGGUAAAAUCGGGUCAGGUAGAAGCAAGUUUGAAUCCAGACCGAGAGCUCCGAAGGUUGAAGCAGAUGUUUGAAUCUUGGAAGAAGGAUUAUGGAGCGAGAUUAAGAGAAACAAAGGUGAUUUUGAAUAAACUUGGAAAUGAAGAAGGUGCUCUUGACAGGGUGAAAAAGAAGUGGUGGGGAAGGAGGAACAGUUCAAGGAUUAAUUAAACUAUUUUGUAAUAGAUUUAGAGUUGCUGCUUUGUUUGGUUGGUUGUUAGCCCUUGCUGUUUGAAAUCAGAAAAUUAUAUUGCAGAGAAAACUUGCGAGUUUUGUUAUACAAGCCAUGGGCAAUUGGUAAAGCAUGGUGAUUCAUAUUUAAACCUUAUUUUAAAUGUAUAUCAAUAGUUUUUUUUUAUCUGACC